AUAUGCAAAGACAUGGUGCCUGCGUACAUCGUCAGUAAAGACGGCUUCCGAAGACUAAUUCAAACACUGGACAAAAGAUACCAGCUGUCGUCUCGCACUCAUUUCACACGGGUUGCUAUUCCCGAAAUGUAUGAGAAAUGUAAGGCGGGCGUUGAAUACGAGCUUAAAAAGGUGAAAUUCUACGCCACGACCACAGAUAUGUGGUCCAGCAGAACGAUGGAGCCGUAUAUGAGUUUAACGGUCCAUUAUAUCGAUGAAAACUAUGAAAUAAAAAGUCGAUGCUUGCAAACAGCAUAUUUUCCAGAAAAUCACACUGGAGAAAAUAUCGCUCAAGGUUUAAAAGAAGCUUUAGCAUCAUGGGGACUUUGUGAAGAUCAACAAGUGUCUAUCACCACAGACAAUGGAUCCAAUAUAGUGAAGGCUGUCACUUUGAACAACUGGACACGACUGCAGUGCUUCGGGCACAGGCUACAUUUGGCAAUUGAAAAUGCCAUCAAGGAUGAACACAUUUCCAGAGCCAACGGCUUAUGCAAAAAGAUUGUGGGACAUUUUUCCCACAGUUGGAAAAAAAAGAUGAUGUUAGCCGAAGCCCAGGAAGAACUUCAGCUUCCCCAACAUGCCCUCAUUACAUCAUGCCCGACAAGAUGGGGCUCAACGCAACAAAUGAUAGACAGGGUUUUGGAGCAACAGAAGGCAUUGUCUCAGGUCCUUUCAGCUGACCGUAAAACAAGACACCUAGUACCACAAUGGCAAGACACAGAUGUUCUAGAAUCUGUGAGUAAGGCACUGGGUCCACUUCAGGAGUUCACGGAUGCCCUUUCCAGUGAAAACUACAGUACAUUGGUGUACCCUACGUGA